CCCCCAGAUUACUUACUUUCUACCAAAACUGCAUUUUUUUACUAAAUGAAGUAAAUUUGAAACUUUUCCAUUUCAAAAUACUAUUGUACAUAUCCUCCACUUUCCAUCCAUAUCAGAUUUCUCUGGUGUGUUAUUCCUCCUUAAAAUAAUCAAUUAAAUAUCAGUAGUGACUAGCAAUAUUUAGUGACCUAAAAAAUGACACUUUCAAUUACCAAUGUUUCGCUAGAUGAGCAUAAAAUCAAUGCUAAAUUUGUAGGUUAGGAUUUGUGUAAUACGAAAACUCUCUGUGUAUAACGCGAUUGGUCAAUAUAUAUCACGUUGUAACUGACACACUAUAUAAUAGAUAUAAAGUCAAGUAAGGUUACAGUGUUUUCUGAUUGUUAAGAUAAUCCAACAUGUAUUACCUAUUGAUUAUCAUGUAUUUCAUGUCAUCAUCACUCAAAGUUGAAAGUCUAAAUGCCAUUCAAAUUACGUCCUACGACUCUCUUGUAUCCUACCUGUCUAAUGGAGCAGAGGCCUCAUAUUUCUUUAACAUUUCCACCUGUGUACCAGCCAAUGUAACGCCAGAAUUCGAGAUACCCGUUAUUGGUGGCAAAAUCAAAUUAUUUGUUGACUGGAGAGAAGCAGACGAUGAAUCGGGAGUUGUUUAUUUCAGCGAAACCAGAUACACAGACGAAAAAGUGAAAGAUUUGAAUGAAGAAAUACAGUCACUAUGGCUAUUCAAUGAUACGUCAGAGGUAUAUUGGGGAAAACCCGGCUUCUUCGUGAAUAAUACUGCCGACACGAAAGGUGUAUUUUGUAACUGGACAAAGGGAGAGGGGAAAAUAUUGGUAACACAGCCUAAUGAACAAAAACAAUUGACGUCAUUCAAGGAAAUUCGGAGUAUGCUGACAGCCGGUGAGGAAGUCCGUUGGAUCGUGAAAAUGGGUGGUUGCAAAUGCCCUCCCGAUCCGUAUGACUGCGGCGAUUCCUCUUUUGGUGAUACUAUCAAAGAUUUCAAGAUAAAGAAUGGUUCCAUCAGUUUUUCCUCAUCAAUGACUGUUCUCAUUCCCCUUUCCUGGCAGUACGUCCGAUUUGUGGCAUUUGGACAUGUUUAUGAAAACAACACAGCUAAUUUCAUGGCUUCCUAUUUUGAUCCCACAACAUGGGAAAAUGGAGAGAAUGAUAUGAUCGUAUGUCCAAUAAGUUCAGAUCUCUCAGCAGAAGGGGCUAGAUUUUUUACUACCAGAAAAUAAAGUUGUGAACAUGAAGAA